AUGAUGAUACGACCACAAAAUCGUACUUUCGAUUCUCGAAUAAGCAAUUACAGACAAAGUCGCAAACCCUUUUCUCUCCCACCAACAAAAUUACAGCCAAGACGAAUUCGUGAUCAAAUCUUAUCUGGGAUUUUCGUUCUUCGCGCAAUUAAGGCUACUGUUGCUCUGAUUAAUUCAUAUUCUUAUCCGAUUCAGCUUUCUUGGAGCAAAAACAAUUCAAAACCGGACUUUGGAGCACAAACCUCGGGAUUUGAUUCCGGAGUAAGUCAAAUCCUUUAUUCUUCAACACAAUCCUACAGCAACAAUACCUACAAUCCCACAAACUACUUUCUCGAUUCCCCAACUGACGAACAAGUUUCCAUAGACCCUUUAACAUCCUCCUACGAAUCAAACAUCGAUCCUGAAUACCCGUUAACCGAAAACUUCGAAGAAUUAAGCUACAACGAAGACGACAUAAGACUAAAACUAAAGCUUCAAGAACUCGAACACGCCCUUCUCGAUGAUAAUGACAAUUCUGCCCCUAACCGGAGCAUGGAAAUCGAACCCGAAUGGGGGUAUUCCCUCCACGAAUCACCCAAAGAAUCAUCUUCUUACGAUUCGUAUGUUAGUAGCACCAGCAGUGCCAAAGAAAUGUCAGUGAGGGCCCGGGCCACCACUCCUAAAGAGUUACUUUUCGAGUGUGCAAUUGCAGUCUCGGAAGGUAACCUUGAGGAGGCAUCAGGGAUGAUAAACGAGCUCCGCCAGACGGUUUCGAUCGACGGUGAACCGUCGCAGAGGAUCUCCGCCUACAUGGUGGAAGCUCUUGCCGCCCGUGUGGCGGUUUCCGGCAAAGGUCUAUACAAGGCUCUAAAAUGCAAAGAACCGCCUUCAACCGACCGGCUUUCAGCCAUGCAAGUACUCUUUGAGGUCUGCCCGUGUUUCCGGUUCGGGUUCACAGCUGCAAACGGUGCGAUUCUCGAAGCAUUCAUCGGUGAAAAACAAGUCCACAUAAUCGAUUUCGAUAUCAAUCAAGGUAGCCAGUACAUAACACUGUUACAAACACUCGCGGGUCAAAACCAGAAGCCCCGUUUAAGGCUAACCGGAGUCGACGAUCCGGAGUCCGUCCAACGACCCAUCGGCGGUCUGAACCACAUCGGCCUCCGCCUCGAGAAACUCGCAGAGUCUCUCGAUUUGGAGUUCGAGUUCACCGCCGUGUCAGCUGACACGGCGGUGAUUUCGCCGGAGAUGCUAAAAUGCCGCUCCGGCGAAGCAGUGAUUGUCAACUUCGCGUUCCAGCUCCACCACAUGCCGGACGAAAGCGUGACCGUUGUGAACCAACGGGAUCAACUUUUAAGAAUGGUUAAAAGUUUGAACCCGAAGCUUGUAACGGUUGUUGAACAGGAUAUGAACACGAAUACGGCUCCGUUUUUGCACAGGUUUCAUGAAGCGUAUAAUUACUAUUCUGCCAUGUUUGAUUGUCUUGACGCGACGCUUUCGAGAGAGAGUCAGGAAAGAGUGAAUGUUGAGAAACAGUGUUUGGCGAGAGAUAUUGUUAAUAUAAUUGCGUGUGAAGGUGAAGAGAGGAUCGAGAGGUAUGAAGUGUCGGGAAAGUGGAAGGCGAGGAUGAUGAUGGCAGGUUUUCGGGAGUACCCGAUUAGUGUAAGUGUGAAUGAUUCGAUUCGGGAGUUGAUUAAAAUGUAUAGUGAUAGGUAUAAGAUGAAAGUGGAGACGAAUGCGAUACAUUUUGGGUGGGAAGAUAAAGUAUUAAUUGUUGCUUCUGCUUGGAGGUAA